AUGUCACAAGUUCCAUCGUCGGCACAAUCAUUGCUUUCACACUCGUUGUUUUCAGUCCGAAAUAAAGUAGUUGUGAUCACAGGGGGUACCCGUGGUAUCGGUCUUUCCAUUGCUCAAGGAUUUCUCAUGAAUGGAGUUUCCAAAGUCUAUGUCUGUUCACGAAAAAAGGAAGCCUGUGUGGCCAUUGAAAAACAAGUGUCAGAAUUCAUGAAUCAACAAAAAUUGGACAAGAAGCCACAAUUUAUUGCAUUACAAGCAGAUUUGUCAAAUAUGAAAGGAAUUGAAUCAUUUUGUGAGCAAAUUACUGAUGAUAAGGUUCAUGUGUUGGUAAAUAAUAGUGGAACCAAUUGGGCAGAAUCCAUUGAUUCUUAUCCAGAAGAUGCAUGGGACAAAGUCAUGGAUUUAAAUCUCAAAACUCCCUUCUUUGUCAUUCAAAAACUUUUACCCAAAUUAAGAAAUGCUGCCACUCUCGACGCACCUGCAUCAAUCAUUAAUAUUGGCUCCAUCAAUGGUGUCAAUGCUCCAAACAUGGACACUUUUGCAUAUGCAACUUCUAAGGCAGGUCUUCAUCAUUUAACAAAACAUUUGGCACUUCGUUUGGCAAGUGAUCAUAUUUGUGUGAAUGCAUUGGCAUGUGGAUUCUUUUUUACGAAAAUGACCAAACAAACCUUUGAGGAUUUUGGAGAUCAUAUCAUGGCAAAUAUUCCAUUGGGAAGACAAUCGAGAGCGAGUGAUGUGGCAGGAGCAGCCUUGUUUUUGGCAAGUCCUGCAGCUUCGUGGAUGACUGGAAAUGUCAUUGCUUUGGAUGGAGGUUCAAUUAUCAAGUCGAAUUUGUAA